CCCUGGAAUUUUGUGUUGCAGACAGUAUCGUAUGCCCUUUUUCUGCUCCCAACUAAUGCCUUGGUCAGGCAGAAGAACAGUGGCCCACCUGACAUCAGUACAGCUCAGACGGCAAUGUCUCGAAACCGUAUCAACGGGCAGAAGAGCUUCACCCCUUCCCGAAUCAACAGCACACUUAUACAAGAUACUGGUUUUCUAUCCUCUUCAGAAGUCAUCAAUUGUCCAACUGCUACAAUGACUGGUGUGGAAGAGCUGUCAGACUAUGACCCCAACUUACUCAGUGACCCCCAGUGGCCUUGUGGGAAGCACAAGCGAGUGUUAAUUUUUGCAUCUUAUGUGACAACCGUUAUAGAGUAUGUGAAACCGUCUGACUUGAAGAAAGACAUGAAUGAGACGUUCAAGGAGAAGUUUCCUCACAUAAAGCUAACACUAAGCAAAAUCAGAAGUUUGAAAAGGGAGAUGCGCUCGGUGAGCGAGGAGUGUGGCCUACAGCCAGUUACCAUAGCGAUGGCCUUUGUUUACUUUGAGAAGCUGGUUCUGCAAGGGAGGUUGAACAAGAAUAACCGAAAGCUGGUGUCUGCCGCCUGCGUGUUACUAGCCGCCAAGAUUAGCAGCGACCUCAAGAAACAAGAGGUCAAGCAACUGAUUGAUAGGUUGGAGGAGCGUUUCCGGAUAAAUCGCAAAGAGUUGAUUUCCCUGGAGUUCACGGUUCUGGUUGCCUUGGAGAUGGCACUCUUCCCGGACAGCAAGGUCAUGCCUCACUAUCGCAGGCUGGUACAGCAGGGCUGAAAUGGAGAGGGCCCUUAAAGGGAUAGUCCACCCCAAAAUGAUUUACUCACCCUGAUGUUGUUCCAAACCUAAAUGACUGACUUUCUUCUGCAGAACACACACACACACACACACACACACACACAAAAAGAAGAAUGUUGGACCAUCUAAACCAGUUUGGUUACCAUUGACUUCCCUUGUAUGGACAAAAAACACUGAAACUGUCUCAAAAUACUUUCUGUAGAACAUAGAAUAAAAUCCCAGGUUUGGAUCAACAUGAGGGUGAGAAAAUGAUGGCAGAAUUUUCAUUUUGGCGUGAACUAUUCUUUUAACAGCUGUGAGGUGGCAUUCUUAUCUUAUGGCAGUUAUGGAAAGUUAUUUGUAUUAUUUAUUGAUUAAAAA